AUGAAAACCUGGUACAGUAGCGCCAGGAGGGACGGGGUUGCUGGAGACGCUAGCAAAACUGAAACGGACAAGGGCUGGGAUGGCGAUCUUUACAACGCAAGCGAGCUCGCAUGUAUAUGUAUGGAUGGGCAGAAGAAGAUUCGGGAAGCAGCACAAAGAAGAACGAGUCUAAAGAAGUGCCGCAGGGAUCUCCGCGAAUAUAAUAUUCCGCUAGCAACCUUGCUGAGCGAAGACGAGACUCGCACGUCUUCUCGUCGUGAGAUGGAAAUCAUUACAGAGAGGUUCUACUCGAACCUUUUCCGUUCAUCAACUCCUGUGUCAAGCCCAAUCAUCCCCACUGGCGAAGCUCCACCACGGAUUCUCCCUUUGGAAGUGCGAGUCGCUAUCAAGAGCAUGAAACCUGGCACAGCCCUCGGACCUGAUUUUAUAUCAGCAGACUUUCUUCGGGCUGGUGGCCAUCCGCUUCAUGUAAUCUUAGCAGCGCACAUGACAUCCUACCUUCAAAAAGAAAGGAUCCCAGACCAGACGCUGGAUGAAGCCCAGCCUCAAGAACAAGCUGGAUUCCGCCAGGGGUUCAGCUGCUUGGACCACAUCCAGACCGUGUCGAGGGUCAUUGAGGUUUGCCGGGAAUACCGCCUGCCCUUUGUUCUAACCUUCGUCGACUAUGAGAAAGCCUUUGACAGCGUAGAAACGAAUGCAAUACUGUCAGCGCUGGUCGAUCAAGGUGUGGACGCGUCGUAUGUGAGGAAAUUAGCCAAUUGCUACGAUCGAUGCACGACUAGGAUACAGCUUUUUCACCGCCCUCUCACCAUACCCAUUGGAAAGGGGGUACGACAAGGCGAUACCAUAUCGCCAAAGCUGUUUACGGCUGCAUUGCAAUGGAUAAUGAAAUCACUUUCCUGGGAAGAAAGGGGCAUACGUGUUGAUGGAAGAUUUCUCUCGAACCUUCGUUUCGCGGACGACAUCGUUCUAUUUUCGAGCAGUACCAAUGAAGCAGAAACGAUGCUCAACGAAUUGAACGAAGCAGGGAAGAGAAUAGGACUACGAAUAAACAGAAAGAAGACACAGUUCAUGAAGAACGCCCACUGCGAGGACGGAAGAGUACAACUUGAAGGCUCCCAAAUCGUGGAAACUUCGUCAUACAUAUACCUCGGACGUUCUAUGCACAUGGAAAACGACUUAAAGGAAGAACUGAAUAGAAGAAUGAGAGCAGCAUGGGCAGCAUUCGCAGCCGUCAGGGAAGCUACGGACCAACUGACGGACCAAGAUCUUCGUGCCCAUCUGUUCGACUCGACAGUCCUUCCAGCGCUCUGUUACGCAGCGGAGACGUGGGCAGACACGGCAGCCACGUCUAGGAAACUACUUACUACCCGCAGAGCCCUUGAGAGAUGUCUCCUGAAGUUUAACCGGCGCAUACAACAUCUAGCCGGUCUUCGUAGCUCCGACUUAAGAGGAAUGUCCCGUCUUCGCGACGCAGCGAAAUAUGCAUCGAAAGCAAAACAUAGAUGGGCCGGUCACAUCAUGAGAAGAAUCCACGAUAGAUGGACUAAAAGAACGCUAGAGUGGAUCCCAAGGGACGCUAAACGCCCCCGAGGGAGACCGCCAACGAGAUGGGGUGACGUGUUCGCUGCACGGAUGGACCAGCUGAGAGCUCAGCUGGAUACGGCUCAAGGAUCUCGUCAACUCACGAAGCUUGAGAACAUCUUGUAUGACAACGGCGAGGAAACGAAACGAGUGGAAGAGAUGCUGGGGCCCGCACGCCCAGUGAAGACGGGCCAUCUAGGUAUCUAA